ACAGCAACCCCACUCACACGAAUAUGCCCGAAAAUUGAAUAAUUUGUUUGCCUCCUAUUUCCUUGUUGAUUUGUGAAAAUUUUAAAAUUCUCUGUACCAUAAAUAUGAGCGAAACAAACACGGAACACGAUGGGGACGCAGUAUUCAAUUCCAAUAUGGAUUCAUUAAUCGACCGAUUGAUCAAAUGCGAUAAUCCCCACAACGGCUUGCAAUUGCCCGAGAAUCAGAUUCGAUAUGUCUGUCAUUACGCCCGCAGGGCACUCCUCGAGGAGGAGACCCUGCUGAGGAUCGCGCCACCGAUAAAGAUCUGCGGCGAUAUCCAUGGACAGUUCUCCGAUCUUUUGAGGAUCUUCCAGUUGGGCGGAUCGAUACCAAAAGAAAAAUACCUCUUUCUGGGCGACUAUGUGGACCGGGGAAAGCUGUCCGUGGAGACCCUUACCCUGCUGCUGGCCUACAAGGUGCGCUAUCCCAACAAAAUGUAUCUGGUGCGCGGCAAUCACGAGUCCGCCAAGAUGAAUCGGGUCUAUGGGUUCUUCGAGGAGUGCAAGCGGCGCUAUUCCGUCAAUCUGUUUCGGAGUUUUGUGGCCGCCUACGACUGCAUGCCACUGGCAGCCGUUGUGGGUAAAAAGAUAUUCUGCGCCCACGGCGGCAUUAGUCCGCGGAUGACCUGCCUGAACGAUAUAGCGGACGUGGAGCGUCCGUUGGAAGUGCCCGAUGCCGGACUCGUCUGCGACCUUCUGUGGUCCGAUCCGGAUGAGAAGACCCAGGGUUGGGGCGAAAAUGAUCGCGGUGUGAGCUACACCUUUGGACAUAACGUUGUGAAUCUGUUUUGCAAGCGCAUGAAAGUCGAUUUGAUUGUUCGCGCCCAUCAGGUCGUCGAGGAUGGCUACGAUUUCUUCUCCCGCCAGCUGAUUACCAUCUUCUCGGCUCCGAACUACGCGGGCAUGUUCGACAAUGCCGGGGCCAUCAUGAAUGUGGAUGCCAAUCUGGUGAUCACCUUUAUCAUUAUCAGGCCCACAUAUACCGUAGGCCAAGGCGGCGGAAAGACACAAUUAUUGGCUACCGGACAUAAUCGGAACUUUUAGGGGCUCUGUAGCGGUGGAAUUCAUUGGCAAACCAUUAAAACAACGUCAUGAAGUU